GGAGGAGGAGCACAUCGGGCAAUGCCUUGAAGAACAACGCCACAUGACAAAGUGUCAAAUUUACUUAACAACAAAUUCCUUUCUCUGGAGUGGAAGUGGAUAUUUGAAAAGGAUCUCUUUGCGUCAAUGUAUGUGAUAGAGGAGUCUGGAGUUUUCCAAAGUCAAACACAUACCAGAUGACCAUCCUUGUGUCAACCCUGAGUCAGAGCAAAGCAAAGUUGCAGGUAAAGUGUCUGUGUAUGCUGUUGUUCCUGAGCUUCCCCCUGACAAUGGCUGAGGUCCCUGGCCCAUGCAGACACUCAAUCACUAGGGAACACCUACUGACAGUCAGGCAAUUGAUCGAUAACCAGUUGAAAAGUGGGUGUUCAAUAACCUACACAUUCAUAGAACGAAGAAGUUUGAGCAAAUGCUGCUUUGUGAAAGCUUCUUUACCCUGGAUCCUGGAGCUGCUCACCACCCACUUCAAGUAUAAUCGGGGUUCAGUAAAUGAUGGCUAUGUUCAGUCCUUGAGAGCGCUCAUCCUCAACAUUUAUUCUCAGAAAUGUGUUCCUCAGAUUAAUGAAGAAGUUGAGGAUAAGCCAGAGAGUUUUGAGAUGCUCUACCGAGGAUCUCCUUCAGAAGCACUACAGAAAGCCUCAGAAGUGUUGUCCGUUUACUGGGAAUUGGUGACUACCAGUGACUCACCAGUCGACUGGAGGUGCCAGUAUGAAUACACAGAAACCUUUGGCUCCACCACAGAACUGCCCACAGACUCAACCACACAUUAUUUUACAGACAGUUAUGACUGGAACUCAGUAAAGGCCUAUAACAGAAAAGCAAUCAGAGACCUGUACAAGCUUGGCUUCAUCAUUGCAUCCAUCUGUGGAGGACUGCUGGUCAUUCUUAUGCUCUACUGUCUCAUCAUACACAAGAAAACUCACAACCAUCAUGAAUCAAGAAUACACACAAACACAAGGAGAGACCUGCAAGACAUGGAGAUGGAGCCACAGUAAUACAGUGAAGAAUACAUCAUCAUCAUCGCAGCAGCAGACGGAGCACUUGGGAUGCAUCACAAACAAGUUUUUAUGUCUUUAUAUUUGUAUCCAGCGUACCUAUUUAAUCAACAGCUUUGCUUUGACUGAGAACAAAGAUGAACCCUAUUUUGAAAUGAUGUGCUGUGUAUAUCAUGCAUUAUCUACUGCAGAUAUCUUUUCAAGCUCACUAAAAAAUAUAUUUUUUACAAUAGUCAUGUAUGAUUGAAUGUGUUUUCAUUUGCUUCCACUUAACCACUUUUAAUGUUGUUUGCCAAAUAUUUGCAUAACUUAUUUAAUAACUCUAUUCAUUUACUAAAUUGAUAAUAAAAAGUUAACAAUACAAAACUCAAAGCUAUAAUGCUCUCAGCUGUCAACUGCAAGUCAUUGUAUAUAA